AUGGCUAAUAGGGUGUCCUUGGGCCCUCUAACAUUUGCUUCAACGUUUGUACUUGUUGGGGAUCAUUACCAACUGCCACCACUUGCAAGGUUCUCAGAAGCACAUCUAGAGGCUAUUUCAGCUUUGCAGAGUCAGGAAAUUUUGGACCUUUCAAAUGCCUUGAUAUAUGGUGACAGAUUGAGGUGUGGUUCAUUUGAGGCAGCUAAUGCAAAACUUGAGUUUUCAGGCUUAAACUGUGGUUUGCCUUGGCUAGAAGAUGUUUUGAAUCCUCGAAGACCUGUUAUAUUUAUUGACACUGACAAGUUGGCUGCUUUAGAGGCAAGAGAUCAGAAGAUUGUAAAUAACCCUAUUGAAGCUCAUAUAAUUGCUGAGGUUGACAUCCAAAUACCAGGUUAG